AUGGCCCCGCGCCCGGCCGCCGCGAGGGCAGGAGUGGAGAAGAAAGAGGCGAUUCUCAAAGCCCCGCUCGCCGCUCACGCAGCCGCGGCGGCGGGUGCCGGCCUCCCUGGAGCACGUGCGGGGGCAGAGGCCGCCGGGACUGCGCGGCCCGCGAACCCAGCGGAGGCCCGCCCGUACCCCCGCUGCCUAGCCCGGGCGGAGGCGGCCGCCUGGCGUUGCCCUUUUAAGAACGGGGGAGGGGGACGGCAGCGCGCCCGCGAGGAGUCGAGCCGGAGGAGUCGGCGGCGGCAGGAGCGCGCGGCUCCCGCCAGUACGAGCCGAGCCCCGGCGAAGCGGGCGCAAAACAAACCACGGUCUGGGCCCGGGAGCAGCGGCUCGAACCCACAGGCCGGUGUACGCAGCGGAGGGAGACGGGCGCCCGCCAACAUGGCGCUGCGUCGGACCGUGGCGCGCCCCGGCUGGCGCGAGGAGCCGCAGCCCGCCCACACCGAGGGGCCAGACUCCGGGCAGGGGCCCCGGGCUCCGCUACCGCGGCGCGGAGUAAAGGCGAAGCCGUCGCCGCCGCCACCACGGCUGGCCUGGGCCGAACGGGGCGCGUCCCGGGAGACCGGGAGUGGGGAAGGCCCGGAGGACGAAAGGGGAGCGAAAGAAAUGGGGGAGAAAGUUUUAUUUUUAGGCUUGAAAAAUGGCGGGAACCGCGUCCUUUUUUCAAACUUGGCCUCGGGAGGGGCGGCGGUUGCGCCACCUCCGCCGCCCCGCUCGCCCCUCCCCCGCUCCGCGCGCGCGAGGCCGCGCCCGCCCAAGCCCCCCGGACGCGCGAGGGGGCUCCUUGCCCCCCUCGGAGGCCGACAGCCCCCCCUCCUCACCCCCACGGCCCCGGCCCUCAGCCCGGCCGGCGCCAACCGUGAGGCCUGACCGGAGAAGUCCCCGCCCCGCCCGAGCCCCUUCCCAGGCCGUCCGGGAGCGCUCGGAGCCCGGGCGGCCCAGCCCCGGCUAGCCGCGCGGCUCCUCGGCAGGCCCGGCCUCCGCCCGGCCGCGCAUCCCGGGAGGCUGCAAACAUGGCUCCCAGCGUUACACAACCCCCUCCUCCCUCCCUCGCCGCCGGCCACACGCACACGCGCUCCUCCGGGGAAGGACCCCGGCGGGCGAAGAGCUCAAAGUUUGCUUUCCCCCACCCCACUGCCUUCCCCAGACGGCCGCGGGGGCCCGCGGGCGCCAAAGAGUUAAUCCCCGCGCGCUCGCUCCCCCCCUCCACGCCCGCCAACCCGCCCGCCUUCCCUGUCCGAGCCCGCGAGCUGCGCCCUUCUACGAGCCGGGGCUGGCGAACCCGCGGCCCGGGCCCCGCAGGUGGCCACCAUUACAUGCAAGUCAUCGGGGGGAGAGGGCGCCCGACGGGGUCUCUGCUUACAGCUGCCGGAGUCCGGUUCCUCAGCUCCAGGUGGAUCCUCCUCUUCAUGUCCAUGUUUCCCUCUUCCCCCCUCUUCAAACUUAACUUUCCGCGGCGGGGGCGGAGGGGGGAGAGGCGUCCCGGCCUGCGCAGCGAGGGCCGUCGGAAGGGGUCUGCUGGCGGCAGAGGCCGGCGGCGCGGUCCCAGGAGGCGGGCGGCGUGCGGGCAGGCGAGCGGAGCCCCCGGAGCCAAGUUACUCACGGGAGCGGAGAGAAACCAUGGAGGGAAAAGGGGGCUGGAGCGCAGCGCUGGUCUCACUACCGCCGCCCCCGGCCGCGGCCCCGCACUGCGCUUAAACCGGCGACGCGGCGCGGGCGGCUGCUCGGCUCGACUCGGCCCCGCGCGGCGCUGCUCGGCUCGGCGGCCGCGGCUGCACCAAGGACGGGGCGGGGAGACGCGCGGCGGGAGGGGCGGAGGCCGGGGGGGAAAGGCGCAGCCCCGGGGACUGGAGCGACUUCCUCCCUCCCUCCGACUGCACGUGGGGUGGCUGAUGUAAGACCUUCCUCGGGGGCUUCCCCGCCCGCAACCGAAGUGACACCCCCCACCCUCCCUCCCCCCGGCCCCACCUCGCCGCGCCGGGAGGCGGGUCUCCGGCCCGCCCUUGGACGUUUGCCCGGAGGGCUGCGGGGGUCUUUAAAGCCUAGUCUGUCCGGGGAGGCUCCACCAGGCCGGCCCGACGCCCGCGAAGUCGGGAGACGUGAAGGGAGCGCAGGACAGGGGCUUUCGGGUUCGCCUUCCUCUCCCUCAUACGGUGCGAAGCCAACAGUCCGAACCCCACACGCCUUGGCCUGGAGGCGGGAAGCCAGUGCUGCGGGGACCCCCGUCGGGGGCGGAAUAGCGGCCGUCCCGCGUUGCACCGCGCGGCACCGGGCGGAAUUGGCCCUCGCGGCCUGUGGGCACAGGGCAUCCCUGGCGCCCGCCCGAGCCACAGAGGGACCGAGCGUCCCCGAGUUUCGGAGAAUCUCCCUGGGUUUCCUAACAUUUAAACAUAGGCUAGCAAGGCAGCAAUUAGCAUUUCUAAUGGGGUCUCGAAGUUUUACGAAGUUUUUCCGCACACUUUUAUCUCAUUUAUUCCUCAGGGUACCCCUGCGAGGUGUGUAAUUCUCGAUGGGCUGCUGGGCUGCGUUUCGGGGAAGCUUGGCAGGUAGCCUUUGUAAUCGUCUGGCUCAGACAGCACCCUGAGAGCCAAGAUGAGGAACUGAAGCUCUGGGUCCUUAAGCUGCAUGGCUUAAGAGGCAGAGCUAAGAUUUAAACCCAGAGGAGUCUGACUCCAAAGUCUGCCAUCUUUUUUCUGUUACACCAUCGGUCCAACUGAAAUGAAGUCAGAGCAUGGGGCCUGCUUUGAACAGGAGGUUGAGAGCAAUUGUAGCCAGCCUUUAACACCAAACGGAGCAUGCAGGUGUCCACGUCGCAGGCAAAGGAGAGAUGCUGAAGGAGACUGGAACAUGGUAGCUCUGUGCCAGAGAGAGUGGUAACCUGGUGGCCCAUGGGAGAGGUGGUAUUGAUCCUUGGGGAGAAAAGGGGCAAAUCUUGAGAUCCUGUCCUCUCUUUAUAACCAACGCAAGGCUAUGAAGGCCUCUUUCCCCAUGCUACGUAGCUCACAGGAUAAAUGUCUGUUUUAUAAGAUUAAGCUACAAAGUAAUUAAUAAACAUAGCCACAAUGUGCAAGCAAAUAAAAAGAAAGCAAAAGAGCCAGAGGAGGAGAGACUACAAACCCGGUACUGUCCCUUCUGACACAGCCGGUGCUGGCAUGCACCUCUGUGAACAAAGAGCAUGUGUUCCAGUGACAUGCUUCUUUGUCAGGGGCUUCACUGCCAGAGGCAUAAAUAACACAGGCAGAACAGGGUGUGUCUCAUUGCCCUGCCAACAUCUUCCACUGGACGGUCAGUCCACAGGCCUGAAGGGGCUGUUGUCACAGUGCCCUAGUUUUGAGUGUUGCUGUACUUAACAUCAUUCUGAGUAUGCAUCUGGGUGUAAGAAAGAAGCAGAAUAUAUAAUUGUAUCUAAUCUACAAUGAUUACCAUGUCCAGGAAUUUACGGAUUUGAACAAGGGCCGGAAGAGAAUAAGCAAAAGUGAAAACCACUUAGUUUCUUAGGGAGUCUGAACUAUGGGUGAAUCUCUUUUUGCUCCCAUUAAUGUUAACAUUUGCCUAAUAAGUUUUUAAAAAUCUGUCAAAUAAUGCCCGGUUUGGGCACUCAUUUGAGUCCUAGAACUGCCCGUUAAUCAGAAUGUGUAUUCCAAUAAGCUCCAAAAUGUCCAAGGAGAACACUCUGAGCUAGUUUGUAACUCCUUGGCCCUGUUCCACCCCACUGCCUCAGCAACAUCAUCAGAUGACCGGAGCCUUCCACAAACUUUGUGGCUGUGAACAGAAUUGAAUAAAUCUGAAGACGGGAGGAAACAGCCCCACUCGAGCAUUGGUGUGACUGGCUUUGAAGCCAGUUUAGCAGAACGGGCACAUUUUCUCUUUAGUGAAGAUACUAUGAAGCUGACGUGUGACGUGUGAUAUAGAAAUCAUUGUUCUUUAAAUACUGAAUACUUUUAUUCUCCCCCUACUCUCCCAUGCAUAUGUGCAUACACUGGCAAAUCUGCCUUUUGGGUUUCCACAACACCCUGUGUGUACCUGCUACAGCAGUCAGACCCCAACUGGGAGUCGAAGGAUCUAUAGAUUCUCAAAUAGACUGUGAGCUCAUACAAAUAGACUAUGAGCUCAAGUAUUUCUGAGGGUAUGGAGAGUAGAAGUCUGGGGCCAUCUUUAGGACACAGGUGCUCUGCAAAUGUUUGUUAGGUUGAAAAGAAUGUCACAUGUAUUCAAAAAUACUGUCUAGGCAGCUGAGAUUCUUGAAACAAAGGGAGAAAAAGGCAAACAGUUAGAUGAAAAUGGGGUAAGGAAUGAGAUCCUAUGAGUCUCCAGAUGGUAAAAACGGAGAAGGAGAAGAGUGUCAGGUGUGUAGGCAGCUGCAGGUCUAGUAAGGGGCCCCUGCCAAAGAAACCAGAUUCCUCUCUGCUCUGAAACAGCUGUAAGUGCUAGGCCUUCCUGGUGCAGCAUGAAGAGCUAUGACUCGUCAAGUUUAAUAUUUAUUAAACACCAUCCUUAUGCCAAGUACUGUGCUUGGGACUUUCAUGUACAUUGCAUCUCAGUUAAUCCUGGCAACAGCUCACUGGGACAAGAUUAUGAUCCCCUUUCAUUGUUUAGGAAACAGGUUCAGUGAAGCCAAGUGGAACUCACGUAGCCAGUAAGAACCUGGAUUUCUCUGUCAUUAAGGUCUCACUAUAAUUCACUCUUGUUACUUUGAUCCACUAGUCCUCACAACUGCUUCUGAAGAAAGUUUUUGUUUUCUCUGCUUUAAGAAGAUUUACAUGCUCAUCAUGGAGGAGGUGGAAAGGGAAAAAAAAGAAAAAAGAAAAAAAAGUCAAAACACCAAAGCCCAGACAAUAAAAUUUAAAAUUUAAAUUCCUACCACUGAGACAUAUCCACCAUUCCACCAUUAAGGCAUAUAUCCUUGCAGUGUUUGUCCACCUGUGUAUUCAUAUUUUUUGUAAACAAACAAUAUUUAUACUUAGUGUGAGUAUUAAUUCUGCUCAGUUUUUCCCUUUUCAGAGAGGGACUCCAUUGAGUUGGGAAUUGUGUUCCAUCAUUUAUUGGCUGUGUGCCUUUGAACAAACCACAUAACCUCUCUGAGCCUCAGGUUGCUCAUCAGGGGACUGUUGUGAGGAUUAGACCUGAUUGUGUAGGUGAAGCUCCUACCUGGCACAAUGCCUGGCAUUCUCCUCUGUGUCCUGGGCACAAGUCCCCCAAAGCCCAAGUCCCUCCCUUACCCUAAACAGAGACACAGAGCUUGCUGGCCUCCUCAGAGGCUGUUGAAGUUCUGCUGUGGCCUUCAGUCCUUCACCUCUGCUCCAUGUCCUUCAUCUCCUGAAGGGACCCUGUGCCUUUGGCUGAGAGAAGGGCUCACCCAAACCUACAUAAGUUUUCACUCUCAAAGGGGGUGGACUUAUUUUCUGUUUGACUCAGUCCUUGGUCUCUCGUGAGGAAUUGGGAACGUGUCCAUGAGCUAGCCUGGAAAAUAUCUGAGUGGCCCCACAGUGUUGGGCAUCCCUCUCCAUAAUUAGCCAGCGUCCCCACCAUCUGGACCCUCUCCUCUACCUCACAGGGAUUUCCUUGUCCACACAGUACUAAGACUGAUCUCAGAGUCCUGUUCCUGUUGAUUGAACUUUCCAUCUGUUCUGAAGCUUGCUUUGCCAGCUCCUGCCCGGCCAGGGCCCCUUGGUGGGCACGCAAGGUACUCCUCCCUCACUCUAGACUCUGACACUACUCUGGCAGUAUAUGUGCUCCCUAGUUUGCUAGGAUUUUUUUUUUUUUUUUUUUUUUUUUUUUUUUUUUUGUAAAGGCCGUAAGUCCCAUUCUACUUCUUCCUUGAAAAGCACAGCAGUCAGGUUCCUGGGUGGCUUAUUUUUUUUUUUUAAUGUUUAUCUAUGUACACACUAUAGAAAACUUGGAAACUAUAUUUAACGAAAAGAAAAAAUUAAAAUCUCAAUUCAGGGCUAAGCACUGCUCAUGUUUUGGUGUCUAUUCCUCCAGUCUUUUCUCUACACACAUAUGGCAUUUUCUAAAGUCUCAGAUUGCCAGAAGCAUCAUCUCAUUAAUAACAGCUUUUCAGGAGGGUGAGGAGGGGGGAGCCUACUACAUUAAAUAUUCAUAUUGAUUAUGAGAAACAUCCUUAUUUCAGAAAUAGCAAAUAGUGAAAAAAAAUCAUAGUAUCUAGGAAAUGCUGUAUAUAUCACAUUAAAUUUUUUUGAUAAGUGGGAUGAUACUGUAACCUGCUUUUUUUGGUUAACAAUAAUAUAUUAUGAACACAUUUCCAUGCAACUGAAGAGUCUUCCACAAUAUACAUUCCUUGAGGACAUUCUUCUACAAAAUGAAAAUAGCUUUUCUUUUUCUGAAUAUAAAGACAAUACAUAUUCAUGUAGCAAAUUCAUGCAAUGCAAAAAAGUAUAAAGAAGAAAAUACAAGCCAACCAAAUCCCAUUACCUAGUGGCAACCACUGUUAACAUUUUUGUGAAUAUUUCCCGAGCUAUCUCUAUGAAUGUAGAUGCACACGUAAAAUACGUAAUAUAUAAAUGGAAUCCUACUCUAAGUGGUGGUUUGUGACAUGUUUUCCUUUUUCUCUUAGCAGUAAAUAGCUCCAAAUCAAUAAAUCUAGGUCUCCAUCAUAUUUGUUUGUUUGUUUGUUCAUAAAUUUGUUUAUCUCCAUUUUUACAGUCUGCAUCAUAUUUCAUUGUAUGGAUGUGGCAUAAUUUAUUUACCUGGUCUUCUACUCAUAGCCAUUUAGGCUAUUUCCAGUUGUUCACCACUAUGCACAACAUCUUUGUACAAUUAGUUCCUUGAAAUAAAUUCCUGGAAGUACAA